AUUUUUGAUAAUCAGCUGUAUGUGUUCAAUGGUUUGGCGCGCGCUCUCCAUCCCAGCUCGCGCACACCGGGACAGCGCGCCAAUCAAAAGACCGACGCUGCUAUUUUGAACGUUUCAGUUCUUACUGAGCGACCGGAGACGAGGAGAGGUAACUUGUCGUUGCCACUAUGCAAAGUUUCAUCGGAAUCUCGCACCUCUUAUCGGUUCUUCUGCUGCAGCUGGUACCUGCGCAGAUUUCACACCCUCCAGAAAAAGGCCACUCAAGAGUAAUGCCGUUCCAGGAGGUGUGGGCAAAGAGCGUGUGUCGCCCCAUGGAGCAGUUAGUGGAUGUUGAGCAGGAGUACCCUGGAGAAGUGGAGUACAUCUACAUGCCUGCUUGUGUCCCACUUUCCCGCUGCUCUGGUUGCUGUGGGGAUGAGAACCUGGAGUGCCAGGCUACCCUUGAACGCAACAUCACUCUGCAGGUGAUGAGGAUUCAUCCCAUGAUAUCUAUGCACCACGUGGAACUCACAUUUGUGGAGCAUCAGACAUGUGAAUGCAGAGCCCGUCAGAAACUUCUGAAUGACAAAAGUAGCGGUGAGUCUGUCAGGAACAGACCUCGGAGAAGGAAACACAAGAAGACGGCAAACGGCUGUGGAAAGUGCCAGUUCCCUCAAAACAAGAUAAAUCUUCACUGAUUCACGACUCUGUCCAUAGUUUAAUUUGGAGGAGUGACUUUGGAGUGGCAAAUAACAGCUCAUCUGUGAAUUGAUCAACUCUGAUUACUAAUCUUCUGUCAAUAUAUCUUUCCUCAUCCAGUGCAUCCAUCAGAUAUCCUACCUUGUCCAUGACAUUAUUUUCUUUUUUGAUUAAUUACCAAAGCAAACAACCAUAUCUGCAAACUCCUUUGCCUCUAACUGCUGUUUUCUUUUUUUUUUGUGGAUUAAAAAAAUAUAUAUAUAAACAGGAUACAACAGAUUCCUAAUGGGUGGAAUGCUGCAAACUUAUCAGUUGCCAGAGAGGGAUUAAGGUCUCCAUCAACCCUCAAGUGUUCACUGAUUAACAUUUAGAUUAAUGGCGUUCACAGAGAGGCCAGAAACCUUCUCCAUGACUUCAUGUUCAUUGUAAUUGUGCAGAGUGACUCCUGUUAUAAUUGUUGUGAAACUGAAAAAUACAUCAUGUAUGUUGACUUUCUAUAAAGUGUUAUUUACUAAUUAUGAGACAUAAUGUGUUUAUGAGUUUAUUAAAUAAAAUCCAGUUCAAAUACAA